UUGCCAUCAUCGCAUCAUCCCACGUGCGCCUUCAUCUGUGCUACACUUCUUCCAGGAACCUUUAACAGGCUCGUCGUUACAUUAGCGAUGUGACCGCAAUGGCAGAGACCCUCGAGCGGCCAGGGCUCGGGGGCAAAAGUGGACGAGUGAUGGCUUUGUGCACCGAAAUCAAUCAAUGGCGAGAUGGAAAAGCGUCUUUCGGGAGAAAACCUGUUUGGGUUGCGCAUUAAUUUGGCCUCAGAGAAAGCAAGUGGUCAUCGCAUUUGCACUCAUCGCCAAGCGAGCAAGGCAAGGCAAGCAAGGAGGGCACGAUGAAAAGCAGCGACUUUCUCCGGCUGAUCAAGGCCAUGCCGUUGUGUGGAAUCAAUGUGCACAUCAUCAUCCGGCCACUAUGUCCCGCUCUAAAUGACCCUCUUUCGACGUCGGUCCUACCCUAAUGCUCUGCUGCUCUGUUCGUUGGAAAUAAGCUCGGCGCGGCAAGACGGCAAAGAACCUCUGCCCUAUCCUUCUUGCAUGCUUCCUCCUCCUCCUGCUCCUUUCGUCAUGAGAUUCUUUCCACUCGAUGUACGGAGGAGUGCAUUCCCCUCAUACCAAUUUGGGACACGGAUGGUGGCGGUUUAAUUUUCUCACAUUAAAAUAAGGCUGCCGGGAGGGAACAUCGAGAGGGACUGUUCUUCCGAGCUCGGUCAAAGGGAUUAUAUCUAAGUCGGCAGAGAUGGUGGGUCACAAUGUUACAUGGUUUCUGCGAUCGGAGCUUUGCCACCAUUGUCUUAUAUGUCCAGACCCAUGAGCAGAUGGAGCAUUGAGUUUCAUGGAUUUCUGACCUCGAUUCCUGCCUGCCUGCUGUAUGUUUUGUGCGUUAUCCCUCUAUGAUCUGGUUCGUUUUGGAUUAUCUUUGGGCUUAUUCUUUUACUUCUUCUCCUGAGAGUUGGGACGUUUAUCUUCAAGACGGAAUCUAGGAUUCUGUUGGGCCUCUUGUUACACCUUUUAUACCAUGAGACAAUUAUUUUCACACACUAUCUGAACCUCGCGGUGUGCCGCUUUCU